AGAACUUAAACAGAAAAAUACCAAUAGUAAAUGUUUUAUUUUACUAUUUAACCCAUAUAUAUGUAUUUUUUAAUUUGUCCUCAUUGAACUAUUAGUAUGAAAUAAUUUUUCUUGUUUUAAGUUUUGCCAAGCACAACAUGUUAAAGCAGCUAUCUUGCUUAUUCAAAUGUGGAAAUUCAAUUGAUAUGAUAAACGUACCAGAGAGAAUCGCGAUUUGAGUAAGCGAAGUUGAGAUUCUUUGGAGUAGACUGUUUUUUCGGAAUGGAGAGUGGACACUGUAAGUACUCAUGCGAGACCAGGGCUCAGACCCUAGAAUGGAUUAAUGCGAUAGUGGAUUUCGUUAAACCCUACUCUUUCUUGAUAAACGCUCAAGUCGUCAAUUUCUUCAAGGAUAGAUUAUGGGAGGUGGUUGAUGGUGAGUGGAUGGAUUGCCUACGUAUGGAGCCUGUGGAAAAUCUUCUCCUGAUUCCAUCUGGGGUGGUCCAGGAUUACUGGCCUGAUUCGCUUAAGGGAUUUAUUUAUACUAUGAGGUCUCUUGUGUUUCCUAGAGAGCAGUCAGACUUGCAGAAGGUGUUACCAAAUUUGCGCAUGACAUCGCCUAAUACUGUUCUUGCCCAAGGCAUGAGUUUGAAGAAAAAGCAUGAAGUAAGUUACUACAUUUAAUUUCUGAAUUGUAUUCUUUAAUCUUCAUGCCUCAAAGUCGCUUGCUUCUCUAAUGUCUGUGAUAGAAGUAAGUGCUUUUCGCUACUGUUAUGAGCUGACUAUCCACCAUUACUUCUAGAUUAUCAGUUUGAGGGGAUAUUUAUCUUUAUAGAAUGUUAAUUUUCAAAA